AUGGAAAAAGGAGCACCUCCUAGCAUCUUUGUGAAUGAUGGGUCCUUCAUGGAAAGAUUCAGACAACUUCAACAGGAAAAAGAUACAGAGAAGGAUAAUAAGGUUGCCCAUGUAGAUGAUUCUAAGCCUGUGAAGAUAAUAUCUGGGAUUUCAAAUCCCAAGCCUUCUGCUAGUAAAAUUUCCAUUGGGUUAAAGACCAAUGAUGCCCAGAAGAAAGGUGGUAAGCUUGCUUUCAGUUUGAAACAAAAGUCUAAGCUUCUUGCACCUCCUGUAAUGCUUGGCUCAGAAGAAGAUGAGGAUGAGGGUGAUGCGAACAAUGAUCAAGGCUUUGGUUCUUCAAAGCGUCAAAAGGGGUUUCUGUUCUAUAUACCAAGUGCUCCAGGAGGGUUAUCAACAAUUAUGCCAUAUGAUGUCAAGAAUCCUGAGUCACCACCUUCGCCCAGUGAUCCUACUGUGAAGAAAGUUGCUGAUAAACUAGCAAGCUUUGUUGCUAAGCAUGGAAGGCCCUUUGAGCAUAUUACACGGCAAAAAAAUCCCGGGGAUACACCAUUUAAAUUUCUUUUUGACGAAAGCUGUGCGGACUACAAGUACUAUGCAUUCAGGCUGGCUGAAGAGGAAAAAUCUAUUUCACAAACCAAGGAAUCUGGUGUUCUUCACAGUGGUGAUUCAGGGCCGCGGGCAUCUGCAGCAGCAAUCACUUUGCAAAAGCCAGCUCAGCAACAAACAGGUUAUCAGAUCCCUGCCUCUGCUCUCUACGAUGCCCCUGAGGAACCUAGAGCUUCCUCUAGAUCUGCUCAAGCAUCAAUUACAAGACCUAGCAACAGUGACUCCUUUAGUGGGUCGAGGGCUGCAGACCCUAUAUCAAUGAUGGAGUUUUACAUGAAGAAGGCUGCCCAAGAAGAGAAGAUGAGACGUCCUAGACAGUCAAAAGAUGAAAUGCCCCCGCCAGCUUCACUUCAAGGCCCAUCCGCAACUCCCUCCACAGACCCUGGAAAGAGAGGUCAUCAUAUGGGUGAUUAUAUCCCAGUUGAGGAGCUAGAUAAGUUCCUUGCAAAGUGUAACGAUGCAGCUGCACAAAAAGCCACAAAGGAGGCAGCGGAGAAGGCCAAGAUCCAAGCAGAUAAUGUUGGACAUAAGCUCUUGUCAAAAAUGGGUUGGAAAGAAGGUGAAGGUAUAGGAAGCUCUAGAAAGGGUAUGGCAGACCCUAUAAUGGCAGGGGAUAUUAAGACGAACAACUUGGGAGUUGGGGCUUCUGCUCCAGGAGAGGUUAAGCCUGAGGAUGAUAUUUACGAACAGUACAAGAAGCGAAUGAUGCUGGGUUACAAACACAGACCUAAUCCCCUGGGAAAUCCCAGGAAGGCGUAUUAUUAA